AUGCCUGAGACGAAAGACAAAUCAAAGGUUCACAAGCUGUCCAUUAGAGGAUCGGCCAAGCUUGUGUCUGAAUUCUUCGAAUACUCAAUCAACUCGAUUCUCGAGGAGUCUACCCCCCAGAAGAUUUCACAACGCAAGUUCCACCCCUCUUCUCUGUGCCAAUGGAAAGAGAAACUGACAUACCCUAGCGUCAAGAAAUAUGGCCUCAACAUGCUCGUGUCCGCCGAUGACCAGGUGAAGGCGUACAUCAAGAAGAUCAUGUCACAAUUGAACAAGUGGAUGUCGGGUGGAAAGAUCUCCAAGCUCGUCGUCGUCAUCACUGAUAAGGAAACCGGCGAGCACGUGGAGCGAUGGCAGUUUGAUGUUGAAAUCUUCAAAAGCUCGAAGAGCUCGAGCUCCCGGAAAACAACAGAUAAAGAAAACUCGGUUCCGGGAGAUGCGGGAGCCCAGCCUGCAGAGCCAGCCGAGAAAACGGAGAAGGAGAUCCAAGAAGAAAUUCAAGCAAUCUUCCGUCAAAUCACCGCUUCGGUCACCUUCCUCCCGGUCCUAGAUGGAGACUGCACCUUCAAUGUUCUUGUCUACGCCGAUGCGGAUUCGGAGGUACCCGUGGAAUGGGGUGACAGUGAUGCCAAGGAGAUCAAGAAUGCCGAAAAGGUGCAGUUGCGGAGCUUUAGCACGAACAACCACCGAGUAGGCACUCUAGUCAGCUACCGACUGGCAGAUUAA